AUGGAAAAUAACACUAACAUCUCAAACCACGGAUCAGAAAGCCACAACUUUCACGCCAAACCUUUCGUUGUUGUGAACUGUGCCUUGAAUGCGCCAUUAAUGCUUGUAUCAAUUCUGGGCAACACGUUGAUUCUUGCCGCCAUUAUAAGGACUCCGUCGAUUCGUUCUCCGUCAAUGAUUAUGCUCGGUAGUCUUGCUGCUACAGACCUUCUGGUAGGUCUUAUCGCUCAGCCGUUGUUUAUUGCAGAUGAGCUCAUUAUGAAGAACCAUGUUCUUUACACUCUUUCCGCAAUGAUAGGAUUCGCCUUAUGUGGUAUUUCUCUCACAACCAUAACAGUUAUUAGCAUGGAUCGUUUUAUUGCACUGCAAUAUCACUUGCGAUAUGCAACUCUUGUGACCAAUUCCAGAGUGAUGUAUUCUAUAGUAGCGGUAUGGUUGAUAAUCUUGAUCUAUUCAGGACUUCGCUUAUGGGAUAACGUUCUAUUUCACCUACUUUCCGCGAUAUUUACCGGUGUUUACCUUGCCAUAUCCACGCUUUGUUACAUUAAAAUUUAUCAAAUCGUCCGACGCCAUAGAUUGCAGAUCCGCUCUCAAGAACAAGCUACAAAACGCCACAUCAUUCAGAAUCGCAUAGAAAAAAUGCGAUUAAAACAAAGCGCUUUGAACACGUUCGUUUUUUAUAUCUCCAUGAUUGCAUGUUACUUUCCCUCGUAUGUUUUGCUCUUUCUUUUUGGAAUUUCCUAUUCCACAUGGAAAACUGAAUGGACCAUCUCGACUACCGUUGUGUUCAUGAACUCGUCCCUGAAUCCAAUUCUGUUUUGCUGGCGUAUUCGCCAUCUUCGGGUUGCAGCUGUGAAGACGGCAAGAUAUAUGUUAUGCACCACCACUGAUUAA